GCAGGCACAUUUCGGCAGCAGCAGUAGCAGCACCACCACUACCACAAUGCAGACCCUGAUCGUCCUGAGCGCUAUGCUGGCCGUAGCUCUGGCGACUCCAGGCUACCUGGGCGCCGCCCCCGCCGCAGUGGUAGCCCCCGCUGCCUACGCCGCCCCCGCUGUGGUGGCCGCCCCCGUGCACGCCGGCUACGCUGCCUACGGCCCCGCCCCCGUCGCCGUGCGCUCCGACGGCUACCUGCUGGACACCCCUGCCGUCGCCGCCACCAGGGCCGCCCACCUGACCGCCGUCGCCCAGACUCAGGCCCGUGACGCCGUCAUCAACGGCGCCGCCCUCGCCUACGCCGCCCGUGCUUACGCCGCACCUGCUGUGGCGUACGCCGCCCCCACCCCUCUGGCCUAUGCCGCCCCCGGUGCUCUUGCCGCCGCCGCCCACCUCCAUGCUAAGGCUGCUCUGCUGGGCUGAAAUGUCAACAUCUGCAACAGACCUUUUUCUGAGCUGUGUCACUAUGUGACAUGUUUGCAGGAAGCUACUGUACAAACUUAAUAAAAUUAAUACAACAGCUAA